UUCAGUCAAAACGCGAGCCGCUGCGAGGAAGUACACUACUCUCAAACGGCGACCAAACAAAAGACUCGGAAACAAUCCCGUGGAUGUUGUUUAACGGUGUUGACCAGGAUAGUUUUUUUCACACCGUCAACACAGUUUUGAACAUUUUUAAUAACAUUUUUAAAGUCCUUUGCAAAGAACUUCUGGAUGCAACUUCUUUUAGAGUGUUUUCUGGCCUUUUAUGUAAACAGAGUUUUCGUUGCAUUCUAUUUCCUUGUCAUUUUUAUCUUUCGAAAUCUAUCUAUCGAAAUCCAGUAAUCCUAUGAUCUUCGAGUAUGAUAAGACGGCAAAACCGGGCCAAUGGCCCAGCCUUCUUAAAGGAGCAGGGGGAAAGCGGAGAAAACACCGGUGUCGGAACAGCCUCCCGGCCCGAACAGUUUGACUGCUCUCAUCCGAACCAAGGGGACCAAUUUAGGGGAGGGAUUACAAGUAGUCUUUCUGGUUACCAUUCAAGGUCGCCUCUAUUCCGAACUCUCUCCAGAUCCUCGAGUGGAUAUUUUUCGUUCGACAGUGAGCCAAGCUCUCCACUAAUGACACAUAGCACGUCUACUCAAACUCCGAGUCCAUCUAGUCAAGUGAUAAUUCACGCCCUGCAACGCAUUUCCGAAGCGCAAGGCAACGGUCAAAAUUAUGAGUUAUGGACCGGACCCCCUAAUGAAGCGUUGUCUGUGAGGGACAUGCGAGCGGAGUUGUACGUCGCGCAGGAGCUGCGGCGCAUCGGUGAUGACUUCAACCGAAUUUAUUUUCGGGGGGUGGAGAGGAAUGGUGGUGCAGCCCAACAGCCUGCCCAGAAUGAACCCGCUUUGCUGCAGUGGAUUGGGCUCCUGAUUGGACGCCUAUUACAGCUUCUCCUGAGAAGAAGAUAAUGGGCACCCUGCCCACCCAGCAGACAAGUAGCACCAGACUGUACAUAUGUACAUAAGAAGCAGCAGAACCAAACCCACGCUCCUCUAUCUUUCUGUCCCUCUCUUGCACGUAGGGAUUCUUCUCUCUGCUUGUGGACCUAUCUGCAUUUACAAGCUUUCUUCUGCUGUCUGAUGUUGACAUUCCCUGUUCAGAGGAGGACAUACUGGCUAAGAAUGAAAAUUCUGGGACAUAACCUGGAGUAAUUUACGGCAAUGUUUCCUGCAUUGGUGGAAAGCUGAGCCAUUAAAACACUGGGAAGAGAGGACUCUCCAUGCAGUUUUUCCUUACAUGAAGAGGUGUGGAAAAUGUGCCUUCAUUGACGUUGUGCCUGAUGUUACCUUUUUCUUCAGCAGUUUCCAUUAGCUUCAUUCAGUCCAUUUUUAAAGCAUCUGUAUACUGUAUUUAUUUGCCACUGUUCUAUUUAAGUUGUAUAUUGUUUUUCUUUUUUCUUACUGAAGUGGAUGAUAGUCAGUCUGCGGUAAUGUUGUAGUUCUGCCUGCCCUUCCAUUCUUCACUGAGUCAAAAUUUGCACUUCUGUUUGAAUAAUCUGUACAUGAAGUUAUAAGAAAUUAUUUGAAUAUUCAUAUAUUACCUUAUGGCCUUUGGGGAACAAUGAAAUGGAAUUGUGUGGAUAAAUUCUACAUCUGGUAAGUGAAAGCUUGUUAGCGCAGUGUAAAGGCACAAAGUCAGAAAUUGAAGACGGAUGUUUUUGAGUACAUUUGUUUCUUCAUUUGGGCUGUCAUGAAGAAUAAUCCUUUAGCAAAAGCAUUAUUCUCACACUGUGUUAUUUGCCAGAGAAACGUUAACCUUGGCUUGGUGCCUCCUCCAUGCUUUGAUGCCAAGUCAUUAAAUACUGCUGGAGGUUCAAUAUGCACACCACCCACAGUCAGGCAGCAUUUUCCUUCAGAGAAAGUGAAUGGAAAACAGUGAGUGAAUGAAACUUCCAAAAAAGAUUAUAGAGGAAGGCUCCCCCUUCAACAUGAUUUUGUUUUUAACUUAUUUUGGCCCAUUGGAAAUGUAACAUACUAAAUUCACAUGUAAAUGCUUUUAGUGGAAAUAAUCUAAAUGUAUGCAUUCAACAUCAUUGUUGGUUACCACCACUUUAAGAUAUAGAAGAGAACACCGGAGCUAGAUUCAUGUUUUUGAUGGAUUUUCAAGAAUGAGAGCUGACCUAAUAGUCUAGAUAAACUUGAUUUCAGGAUUUUGUACAAAACUAGCCUUAAUUACUCAGGGGAUUUUAUGGAUUUACCUGUGGAUAUUUCUAGAACAAAAUGGACUUCCUUCCUAAUUCAGUCUAUAACUAUACUCUACAAAGGCUAUUGUCUUUGUCAGCCUCUGUAUUGCCAUUGCCCCAGUAUUCCAUUAAGUGUUCCAGUAGACUCAGGUCUUAUUCCAGAUCUAAGUUCUUGGGAAGUGUUCAUUAUCAUGAGUUAUGUAUUAAGUACAUGAAUAGAAGACAUGGAAAUUAAAAACUCACUUGUAACACACGUCCAAAUGUGCAGUUAUGUGUAUAUGAGUUUAGUGAUAUAUUUUUAAUUCCUUUCAUUUUGCCAAAAUGAAAAAACCCAGGCCAUUUUACCUUUUCUUGGCCACUUCAGGUUUACCAGUCAAACCAAAGAAUUUUCUGUCUACUGUAUGUAAAUGUUGAGACUUCCAUUCUAUCUGUUCAGUAUCUAUGCACUAUAUAUUCCAACUAAUUUCCUUAAAGUCCCCAUGUAAUGAUUAGGACAUUGUCAAACCCCUGGUAUUCCAGCUGUUUGUACUUUUUAUUCUAGAACAAACUUUCUCAAAGAAGAUGAAUUUCAGGCAAAUCUCCAUACUACUUCACUGGACCUAACACUUUUAAAGUUGUUCAGUGUUGUUGCACUGAGCACCCGCAAAUAAACUGAUUUGACUCCACCUUGCAGACCCAGUACAUUUGUAGCAAAAAGUCAUAGUUUUUGUUUUUACAUCUGUUUUGUUAUGUUUUGCACUGAAACAUUGCUGUGCUGAACUUGUGCAAUACUGCUGUAAAUAAAAGCCUCUUCAU